UAAGAAAAUGUCCCUUGUCUUGUAGACGAUUUAAUUUGACACCAAUUUUAACAGAACGUUAUCAGCAAAUUACAGAAAAGAGGAUUAUGUCAAUUGCAGUAGUAGCAUGUUUGUUCCUGGUAGCCGAGGUAACGGCAGCAAAUAUAGGGGACGUUGUUAUACCCAACAAAAGACAUGAUACUGGUCACUUUGUAGCAUUCUCAGCAGGUCGAACGACAAAUCUCAACCUUAACAAAGACGAUGUGGUAAUUUAUGAUAAAGUUUGGUCAAAUGCCGGAAACGGUUAUGACAACACGACUGGAGUAUUCACAUGUCCUGUUGCUGGUGUUUAUUCCUUUAUGUAUCAUGGCCUUUCGGAAUCGGCUGGAACUAUGUCCCUCGAUGUGUACAAGAACAACGACUAUCAGAUAAGUGCAUACGCUCACAACACUGCAGAUUACGCCGCUGCCAGCAAUGCUCUCACUGUAUCACUAGCUGUAGGUGAUCGAGUGUAUGUCAAAGGUCAUGGGUCCAGUAUACUGUACGGACGAACAGACGAGGUGUAUAGCUCCUUCUCCGGGUUUCUUCUUCUUCCAACUGAAUAAUAAGACACCAUAUAAACCAAUUUGAAAUAAAGUGUAAUUUGUAUUAUACAAUAAGUUGUAUUGCAAUU